AUGUCCCCAGCGGAUGCAUUGGAUUAUUCGAAAGUGAAACUGGCACUCAUGCAGAGAUUCCGAUACACGAAAGAGGGCUACCGGGAAAGAUUUCGAGAAGCAAAACCCGAUGACAGGGAAACGAGAAAGCAGUUUGCCGCCCGACUAGCAGGGUAUUUCGACCGAUGGAUAGAGAUUGCAGGCGUGGAACGAACGUUCGAGGCCCUCCGGGACAAAGUACUCGUUGAACAGUUUCUACAGAGUUGUUCUAGUCGCUUGUCGGUGUUCCUUAGGGAACGAGACUGCCACACACUAGAGGAGGUAGCUUCCAAGGCCGAUUUAUAUCUGGAGGCCCAGAUACCAACAGGAGCAAUCAAGCCGAAGGUGGAAGAGCUGGCUAAGAAGUCGAGCACCGAAGACACAGAGAGAGCGGCGAGGGGUGGAAGUAGAAAGACCAUCCGGUGCUUUCUCUGCAACAAGGUCGGCCAUAAGGCAGAAAACUGCCGCAGCCGUCCGUCCACGUCCAAGACUUUGACUUGUUGGAGCUGUGGCCGCACAGGGCACCGGGCGAACACUUGCGGGUCGACACUAGACAACCGACCUCAGGCGUCCUGUGUAUGGACGGUGCCAAGCCACACGAGGUGUACCGAGGCAGAUGAAUCUUACGUGACACUUCAGGACGGCGCCAAGAUUCCAGUGGUGAACGCUGCUGUUGGACGAGCUCCAAAAUUUCUGGUUGAAAACAUGCCUGUGGUGGAGGGACGUCUCGGUGACCGCAAAAUAACGGUUUUGAGAGACACCGGUUGUAACACGGUCGUCGUUCGAAAGGAGAUGAUUCCCCCCGAGUCGUUCACAGGAACGUUGAGUCCGGUGUUCCUUUUGGACAGAACCGUAAGGUAUGUUCCGGAAGCGGAGAUUCUGGUAAGGACCCCAUACUUUACGGGAAAAGUAAUGGCGAAAUGCCUGAGCAACCCGUUGUACGACUUAGUGCUCGGGAACGUGCCCAUGGUGCGAGGCGUGAACGACCCCGACCCAAAUUGGAAUCAGGUUGAAGAGAUGAGACCAGCUAGGAGGUUGGUAGCGCAGACGUCGACAGGAGAAAGAGAGGAGGACAGCCGGGAAGGUAUUGUCGAAAAACUUCAAGAGGGUUCUUCAGAACCAUUGCAAACGGCCGCACCAAGCUUCGAGCCGCGCAGUAACGAGCCUAUGCUCACUGCGAACACGAUAGAGACGGGAAGAAAUAAAGAUCUACCAAGACAACCGAAAACCGGGCUGAUAGUACCGCAGGUUUCACCACUAGAGGCAACAGCGGAAGAGAUGCUCACGGAGCAGAGAAAUGACGAAAGCCUCAAGAAAUGUUUCCGUAACAUCGGCAAGGUGACUACUAAGCACGGAGGAAGAACGACGCUGAAGUUUUUCUUAAGGAACAAUUUGCUUUACAGGAGUUGUACCUUCAGCUCGGGAAGGAAAACAAAACAGCUGGUUCUCCCCGAGAAGUUCAGAAGAACUGUCGUCACCAUGGCCCAUGAUGGCAUAAUGUCGGGUCACCAGGGAAUUAACAAUACGAUAGGCCUGGUCGCGGAAGAAUUCUUCUGGCCAGGAAUGCAAAGCGAGAUUCGCCGAUAUGUGCGGUCAUGCGACGUGUGCCAGCGGACCGUACCCAAAGGAAGAGUGGGCAAAGCGCCCUUGGGCACAAUGCCAACCAUAGCGACGCCUUUCCAAAGGGUAGCCAUCGAUAUCAUUGGCCCUAUUACUCCCAAGUCAGAUUCGGGAGAGCGAUACAUACUGACCAUGGUAGAUGUAGCCACUAGAUACCCGGACGCUGUGGCUUUGCGCACAAUCGGGACCCCUGAAGUGGCAGAAGCCCUAAUGGACAUGUUUACGCGGUACGGCGUACCGGAAGAAAUUCUCAGCGAUCGAGGAUCCAAUUUUACAUCGGAUCUUAUGAAGGAGGUGAGCCGUUUGUUGUCGAUGAGGCACCUCCUAACGACCCCUUACCAUCCUAUGUGCAACGGCCUGGUUGAAAGGUUCAACGGCACCAUUAAGCAGAUGCUCAGGCGAAUGUGCCAAGAGAGACCUCGAGAUUGGGACAGGUACUUACCAGCACUACUUUUUGCCUACCGAGAGGUGCCCCAAUCUAGCUCAAGAUUUUCUCCAUUUGAGCUAUUGUAUGGAAGGAGGGUACGAGGACCAUUGACCAUCUUAAGAGAAGUAUGGUCCAAUGAGGCAAUGACUCAAGAAAUGAAGACCUCUUACGGAUACGUCCUGGAGUAA